CACCUGCAGUAUUAUCCAUCCAUGUUUUUAUUGACUCCUCAUUUCAGAGUCUCUCUCGGUGCUUCGCAAGCAAUUUGAAAUCGUUGGAGUUUAUUGGUUUAAUUCCAAGUGAAUUGAAAAUUUCCGCAACCCUUACUCAAAUUUUUUUUUUCCUUUGUUGAGUUAUGCAAGUGUUGAAGUUGUUAACUGAUUAUGCAGUAGAGAAACACAAAAGUUUCUUCCUUUUCAUUCUCUUGAAAUGAAGCUACCCUUAACAAGUGUAUAUCGUCCUCAUAGCUUCCCCCCACUCCUCAAUUCUUCUUCUUUUAUCUCUGUGUGUAGACCCUUUUGCACUUCAGCGCUGUCAUCUCCCCCCACUAGUGUGAAACCCCAAGUCCCUCUCUUUCUAAGGCCACCCAUUUACUCAACUAAGUUGUGUGAUCUCAGAAAAUGGCAUGAUUGGGCCAAAGGUGUUGCCUUUUCAAUUGGGUCAACUUUUGUGCACUUGGAUAAUGGGCCAGACUCAGGCAUUUUGUGCAGGGAGCUGAAGUGGCUCAUGGAGGAUGCUGUUGUGGAGCAUCACUCAUUGGGUGUGAGGGAUGAUGAGAGGGUGAAAAUGAGGGUUGAAAUGGAGGAGCUUUACUGCUUAUGGAGGCAAAGGAUCCAAGAGAGGAGGCCCUUUCAGUAUGUGGUUGGAUGUGAGCAUUGGAGGGACUUGGUGUUGAGUGUCCAGGAAGGGGUCUUGAUUCCAAGACCUGAGACAGAACUUGUUGUUGAUUUUGUGUCUGAUGUGGUGUCAGAGAAUGAGGAUUUGAAAAGAGGGGUUUGGGCUGAUUUGGGAACUGGAAGUGGUGCACUUGCUAUAGGUAUUGGUAGGGUUUUAGGGAGUGGAGGAGGGAGAGUUAUUGCCACAGAUUUGAGCCCUGUGGCUGUUGCUGUUGCAGCUUACAAUGUGCAGAGGUAUUGCUUACAGGACAAAAUUGAAUUGAGGGAAGGAUCUUGGUUUGAACCAUUGAAAGAUAUGGAAGGAAAGCUUGCUGGUCUUGUAAGCAACCCACCUUAUAUAUCUAGCAAAGACAUCUCUGGUCUACAAGCGGAAGUUGGUAGACAUGAACCUAGAGUUGCAUUAGAUGGAGGUGUUGAUGGCAUGCAAUCUCUUCUCCAUCUUUGUGAUGGGGCUGCUUUAAUGUUGAAACCUGGUGGAUUUUUUGCAUUUGAGACAAAUGGAGAGGAGCAGUGCAUGGCUCUUGUUGAUUACAUGGAAAACAAUAGAAGUGAAAGCUUCUGCAAUUUAGAAAUACGUGCUGAUUUUGCUGGUAUUCAAAGAUUUGUUGUUGGAUUCCAUCAAUAAGCAGCCUGAGUUACAGAUGCAUGUUUAUUUUUUAUUUAAUUUUUUUUGGGUGAAUAAUUCUCCCAUUGUUCUACUAGAAAUUGUAGUAGUAUUCAAAGAUUUGUUGUUGGAUUCCAUCAAUAAGCAGCCUGAGUUACAGAUGCAUGUUUAUUUUUUAUUUAAUUUUUUUUGGGUGAAUAAUUCUCCCAUUGUUCUACUAGAAAUUGUAGUAGAGUCCCAACAAAAUGCAUUCAAAGGUAAUAGAAGUCAAUUGUUUCCUCUUU